CCGCGCAGCCCGCGCCUCCGCCCCGGAGCGCCCAGGCGGGAGGAGUUGCGGAUGAGGGGCGGGAUGUUUUGGUGGGCGGGGGUCCGGGUGACGGCAUCCGACCGCGCCGCGCUGGGGCUCAGAGCCUCAGUGCCCCGCGGGGGGACGACGCGCGCACCCUAGCAGCUCCUGUCCCGUGCCCGGCGCCUCCGACUCUGGAACCCCUGGUGUGGGCCGGGUGCCUUCGGUGCGCAGAGCACUGGGCCCCGAGCCCGGGCGCGGAGAAGCCGGGACCGUGGGGCUGGAAAAGCUGUGACUGAGGGAUGCCCGAAGGCGCCUGUAGUAUUGCGUGGCAGUUACCGCUGCGGCCCCCAGGGCCGGACACCCAGCUGGGACUGAUGAUUGAACGACCGAGCGAACGAUUACAGGGCCGGGAACAGCAGUCUCUCAACAUGGGACUGGAGGCCCAGAGGCUGCCAGGGGCCGAGGAGGCCCCCGUGAGGGUGGCCCUUCGAGUGCGCCCACUCCUGCGCAAGGAGCUGCUGCACGGGCACCAGAGCUGCCUGACGGUGGAGCCGGGGCGCAGCCGGGUCACCCUGGGCCGAGACCGCCACUUUGGCUUCCACGUGGUGCUGGAUGAGGACGCCGGGCAGGAGGCUGUGUACCAGGCUUGUGUACAGCCCCUUCUCGAGGCUUUCUUUGAAGGCUUCAAUGUCACCGUCUUUGCCUACGGUCAGACGGGCUCCGGGAAGACGUACACCAUGGGGGAGGCCAGUGUGGCCUCCCUUCACGAGGAUGAGCAGGGCAUCAUCCCACGGGCCAUGGCCGAGGCCUUCAAGCUGAUUGAUGAGAAUGACCUGUUGGACUGUCUGGUGCACGUGUCCUACCUGGAAGUGUACAAGGAGGAGUUCCGAGACCUGCUGGAGGUGGGCACCGCCAGCCGGGACAUCCAGCUCCGGGAGGACGAUCGUGGGAAUGUUGUGCUGUGUGGGGUGAAGGAAGUGGACGUGGAGGGCCUGGAUGAGGUGCUGAGCCUCCUGGAGAUGGGCAACGCAGCGCGGCACACGGGAGCCACACACCUCAACCGCCUCUCCAGCCGCUCCCACACCAUCUUCACCGUGACCCUGGAGCAGCGGGGUCGCGCCCCCAGCCGCCUGCCCCGACCUGCGGCUGGCCAGCUGCUUGUUUCCAAGUUCCACUUUGUGGACUUGGCGGGCUCGGAGAGGGUGCUCAAGACAGGCAGCACAGGCGAGCGACUCAAGGAGAGCAUCCAGAUCAACAGCAGCCUCUUGGCGCUAGGCAACGUCAUCAGUGCCCUGGGUGAUCCCCAGCGCCGGGGCAGCCACAUCCCUUACCGCGACUCCAAGAUCACCCGGAUCCUCAAAGACUCCCUGGGCGGGAACGCCAAGACGAUGAUGAUCGCCUGCAUCAGCCCUUCCUCCUCCGACUUUGACGAGACGCUCAACACCCUCAACUACGCCAGCCGCGCCCAGAAUAUUCGCAACCGCGCCACUGUCAACUGGCGGCCCGAGGCUGAGCGGGGGCCGGAGGAGGCCGUGGCCAGCGCCCGGGGGCCGCCUAGGCAUCGGUCGGAAACACGCAUCAUCCACCGGGGCCGUCGCGCCCCGGGCCCUGCCGCCGCUUCCGCCGCGGCCGCUGCCCGCCUGGGGGCCGAGUGCGCGCGUUACCGAGCCCGCACCGACGCCGCCUACAGCCUCCUGCGCGAGCUGCAGGCCGAUCCCGGGCUGCCAGGCGCCGCAGCACGCAAGGUGCGCGACUGGCUGUGCGCCGUCGAGGGCGAGCGCAGCGCCCUGAGCUCCGCCUCCGGGCCCGACAGCGGCAUCGAGAGCGCCUCUGCGGAGGAGCAGGCCACCCAGGGACCCGGCGGGCGAAAGGAAGAUGAGGGGCCGCUGCAGCUGCUGACCCUGCAGAGCCAGGUGGCCCGGCUGGAAGAGGAGAACCGAGACUUUCUGGCUGCGCUGGAGGACGCCAUGGAGCAGUACAAACUUCAGAGUGACCGUCUUCGUGAGCAGCAGGAGGAGAUGGCAGAGCUGCGACUGCGGCUGGAGCUGGUGCAGCCAGGCUGGGGGGCCCCAGGGAUCUUGCAGGGCUUGCCUCCGGGGUCUUUUGUGCCCCGGCCUCACACAGCACCCCUGGGAGGUGCCCACACCCAUGUGCUGGGCCUGGUUCCCCCCGCCUGCAUUCCUGGAGAUGAAGUUGGCCCUGAGAACCGGGGACAGCAGAUGAAAAAUGGCAGGGAGGCUGGAGCCAAGUUUCUGACAGAGCGAGACAGGCCGGGAAGUGGCUCUUCAGAUGCAUCAGAGGAAGAGGAGGAGGAGAAGGAGGGGCCGUCCCGACAGAGCCUGCACCCACGAAGGAAUGGGAUCAGCAAGUGGAACCAGAGGAUGGGGGCCUGCCCAGGGAGUCCACUCAACAGGAAGGGCCCAGAGCUUCGCCUGGAGGAGCUGGAUGCAGCUAUCCCGGGACCCAGAGUGGUUGGUGGGAGCAAGGCCCUGGCUCAGCCCUGCCAAGCCCCCGCGGCCAUGGCCUCUGAGUGGCGACUGGCCCAAGCCCAGCAGAAGAUCCGUGAGCUGGCCAUCAACAUCCGCAUGAAGGAGGAGCUCAUUGGCGAGCUGGUGCGCACAGGGAAGGCCGCCCAGGCCUUGAACCGUCAGCACAGCCAGCGCAUCCAGGAGCUGGAGCGGGAGGCAGAGCGAGUGCGGGCAGAGCUGAGCGAGGGCCAGAGGCAGCUGCGGGAGCUCGAGGGCAGGGAGCCCCAGGACGCUGGUGAGCGCUCGCAGCUCCAGGAGUUCCGCAAGAGGGUUGCUGCUGCUCAGAACCAAGUGCAGGUGCUGAAGGAGAAGAAGCAGGCGACGGAGCGGCUGGCAUCACUAUCGGCACAGAGCGAGAAGCGGCUGCAGGAGCUGGAGAGGAACGUGCAGCUCAUGCGGCAGCAGCAGGGGCAGCUGCAGCGGCGGCUUCGCGAGGAGACAGAGCAGAAGCGACGCCUGGAGACGGAGAUGAACAAGCGGCAGCACCGUGUCAAGGAGCUGGAGCUGAAGCACGAGCAGCAGCAGAAGAUCCUGAAGAUCAAGACAGAGGAGAUUGCGGCAUUUCAGAGGAAGCGGCGCAGCGGCAGCAACGGCUCUGUGGUCAGCCUGGAGCAGCAGCAGAAGAUUGAGGAGCAGAAGAAGUGGCUGGACCAGGAAAUGGAGAAGGUCCUGCAGCAGCGGCGGGCACUGGAGGAGCUGGGGGAGGAGCUCCACAAGCGGGAGGCCAUCCUGGCCAAGAAGGAGGCCCUGAUGCAGGAGAAGACUGGGCUGGAGAGCAAGCGGCUGCAGUCCAGCCAGGCCCUCAACGAGGACAUUGUGCGAGUGUCCAGCCGGCUGGAGCACCUGGAGAAGGAGCUGUCUGAGAAGAGCGGGCAGUUGCGGCAGGGCAGCGCCCAGAGCCAGCAGCAGAUCCGUGGGGAGAUUGACGCACUGCGCCAGGAGAAGGACUCGCUGCUGAAACAGCGGCUGGAGAUCGACAGCAAGCUGAGGCAGGGCAGCCUGCUGUCGCCUGAGGAGGAGCGAACGCUGUUCCAGCUGGAUGAGGCCAUUGAGGCCCUGGACGCCGCCAUUGAGUACAAGAACGAGGCCAUCACAUGCCGCCAGCGGGUGCUGCGGGCCUCUGCCUCCUUGCUGUCCCAGUGCGAGAUGAACCUCAUGGCCAAGCUCAGCUACCUCUCGUCCUCGGAGACCCGAGCCCUGCUCUGCAAGUACUUCGACAAAGUAGUGACGCUCCGCGAGGAGCAGCACCAGCAGCAGGUGGCCUUCUCGGAGCUCGAGUUGCAGCUGGAGGAGCAGCAGAGGCUGGUGUACUGGCUGGAGGCGGCCCUGGAGCGGCAGUGCCUGGAGAUGGACCGCCAGCUGACCCUGCAGCAGAGGGGACAUGAGCAGCACGUGCAGCUGCUGCUGCAGCAGAGCCGAGACCAUCUUGGCGAAGGGCUGGCAGACAGCAGGAGGCAGUACGAGACCAGAAUCCAAGCUCUGGAGAAGGAGCUGGGCCGCCACGUGCGGCUGAACCAGGAGCUGAAGCAGAAGCUCAGUAGCCUGAGUGCCGCCGGCCAGAGCAGGGUGAUGGGUGGGGAGAAGAGGACCCCGUGCCUGGAGAACAGACAAGCCCCUGGAAGCGAGGAUGAGCUCUACCCAGCGCCUGAGCCUCUCUGGCAGCCCACCAGCACGGAGGGUGCCCCCCGCCCACGGGAGGAGAUGCGGGACUUGGUCCAUGCCCCGUUACCGUUGACGUGGAAACGCUCAAGCCUGUGCAGUGAGGAGCAGGGCUCCCCUGAGGAGCUGCGGCAGCGGGACGCCGCUGAGCUCCCGGUGGGGCGGGUGCUGCCUGUGGGUGAGGCGGGUCUGCCCUGGAACCUCGGGCCCUUGGCCAAGCCCCGGCGGGAACUGCGGAGGGUCAGCCCAGGGAUGAUUGACGUCAGGAAAAACCCCCUGUAGGCACACCUGGGAGAUUCGGGGCCUGCCCAAAGGUGUGGUGUUGACGCUCCCUUCUGUGAAGGAGUCCUUACCUCAAGCUCUAAAUCAGGUCCUGAUCUUUCUCGUUAGAGUCAACAAAUUCGGGCUGCGGACCAGAACUGGACUUGAAUCACUUGUUAAAAAAAGGUGCAGAUUUCUACCAGUCACUUCCUUUAGGAUGUGGUACCCAGUUGCCAUGUUUUGGCUUUUUUUUUUUAAUAUACUUUUUAAAAUUUUAUAGUUGAUUUAUAGCAUUGUUAGUUUCAGAUGUGAAGCAGAAUGUUUAUGCACAUG